GUAAAUACUUUCAAAAUAAAACCAAAAGUGAAGAUCACGCUCGAGGCAAACGUUAUUUUUUCGUUUUGAGGCGAAGGGUCGACACAUCCUGUCACGAUACUUUUAAAGGUAAAUACUGUGGAGAGUAGUGUGUAACACCACUACUCUAUAUUGGUGAGUCGUGAACAACUUUAAUUAAGACAUUAACGCCGUUCGAGAGCCAGACGGACCCUUUUUGACACGUCACGUUAGCUACACGAUAGCUAACUGGCUGAUUACACUUAUCUUCGGAUUGUUUUCGCUCACUGGGGUAAGCGUGGAAACCGUUAGCUAGAGAAGGCGCUAGUGUUAGUGCAAACUAGCUAUAAUAAUACUUUGUUAUAUUUAUGUUGCUGUUCGUACAAUGACAUGACGUAUCGGCUGAACGCGUGUAAACAGAUACGUUAGCUGCUGUUAGCUCGUGUUGGCAACUCUAACAUCAACAUUAGCCUGUUGUAGGUCCUGCUGCGACCUCUCUUAUACCAGAUGAACCAACGCACAGAACUAGAAUCAGAGGGAAUGGAGAAAGCUAAACAAGAUGCAUUCGACAGUGCCAGACUUCAAGUGAUCAAAGACGGCUAUGAGAGGGCCUUUGAGUGCAUCAAUGAAGGUCUCACUGUAGAUGAAGCUGGGGACAAGGCUCAGGCCCUGGAGCUGUACAAGCGGGGGCGACAGCACCUUCUCCGGGCCAUCAGUGUGCCUUCUGGGGGAGAAGAGUGUGUCGGCAGCGCCUGGGAAUCCGCCAGACAGAUGCAGCAGAAGAUGCAGGAGACGCUGAACAACAUCACCACCCGGCUGGCCGUAAUAGAGACCAGCUCUGACCUGGGAUCUGCACCUGCACUGAACAAUAGCGACGUGUCUGGCCCUGGUGCCACAAAGGCGUCUGAAAAAGGUCUCUACCCAAAGCUUCCCACCCAAAACAAGCCGGAGAGGCCACCUCCUCUAAACCCACUCUCUGGCCGGGCAGCAGGAGCUGUAGGAGGCCUGCCUGCAUGCAGCAGUGAGGAUCUACCUCUCUCACCCACCAGACAGCAGCCUGCGGCUCCAGCCGAACAGCCUCCAGCUUACUCUCCUCAGGCGGCCGACGGCCACUUAUCUGUCUCGUAUGGAACAGACUCAGGCGAGAUGUCAUUGGUCGGGGACGAGUUCUACAGCCGUACAUCUAACUCGACACCGUCUCUGCAGAGCAUGGGUGAAGAUGGAGAGGAGCUGGUGUGCAUCCCUCAUGGUGUGCAGAUAUUCUUUGUCACGCCUGAAGGGCAGGUGAGCGCUCCGUCGUACCCGGGCUACCUGCGGCUGGUCAAGUUCACCAGUGACCCCGAGGACAGGAUGCCCAACCGACCGCCAGCAUUUUUGCAGGUGUGUGACUGGCUGUACCCUCUCAUGGCCUCGGACUCGCCAGUGUUGCUGUGUAACACUGGUGUGUUUAUGUUCCCGGACAUGAUGGCGCCGACUCCAGGCUAUUAUGUGGGGGUGGUGCUGUCUGCUGAGCUGUCUGCUGCAGACAGACAGCUGUUCCAGGACCUGCUCUCCCAGAACACGGAUCUCAGAGUUCAGGCUCCAGAUGAAGCUGCAGACACCAUUAAUCUCAGUCAGAAGGUUUCCAUCGCUGCACCUGAGGAGACUGCACCAGCGGUGACCGAGGAGGAGAAGGCGCUGCCCGAGUGGAGUGAAAAGGUGGCAAGCGGGAUCUUGACAGGUGCGUCGUGGCUAAGCUGGGGCCUGGUGAAAGGAGCGGAGUUUACAGGCAAGGCCAUUCACAAAGGGGCAUCUAAACUCCGAGAGCACAUCACCCCGGAGGACAAACCCACCCACGUCAGCCCCUCAGUCACCAAAGGCCUCCAUGUUGCCAAGCAAGCGACAGGAGGAGCCGUCAAAGUCAGCCAGUUUCUAGUGGACGGGGUGUGCAUGGUCGCUAGCUGCGUGGGUCGAGAGUUGGCUCCACACGUGAAAAAACACGGAGGCAAGCUGAUCCCAGAGUCUAUGAAGAAAGAUAAGGAUGGGCGGUCCAACAUAGAUGGAGCGAUGGUGGUGGCUGCCAGUGGAGUGCAAGGAUUUGCGACCAUGUGGACUGGUUUGGAAACAGCAGCAAAGGACAUUACUACGAGUGUGGCAUCGGAGACGGUCACCACCGUGAAACAUAAGUACGGGGCGGCCGCAGGACAAGCCACAGACCAUGCUGUCAAUUCUGCCAUUAAUGUUGGCCUCACUGCCUUCAAUGUUGACAACCUGGGAAUCAAAGCUGUGGUGAAAAAGACUGGCAAGCAGACGGCACGGACCAUUUUGGAAGACUACAAGCUCCAGGAGAAACCAGAGAGUGGGAAGCAGGUGGAGAAGUCGGGCAAAUAGCCUCAUUCCCUAAGCCACACCUUAAAGUAUCAUUUAUAUUCUUCUAUCAAAUAUAUUUUAUAAACUUAAUAUGCUUUAUUUAUAAAAAAAACAUGUUCUAUAUUUACAAUAUAACUACUGUUCUAUGCAUAUCCUAUAGUUUGGUACAGCUCUUGAGCACUUUAAUCUUCAUGUUAAAUUAGAUAGAUGACCUAAAGGAAGAGAAACGGCAGAUUUCAUAACUCAAAUUAAAACAUGGUUACGUUUUUUUUUCAGGUAUUAUCACUUAAUUUGGAAGAUAUCGGUUUAAUUCUGCUCUUUGUACUAAGACAGCAUUUAAUUGUUGCUGACUAGACACUGGAAACGUUCCUAAUCUGUGUGAUGCAUCUGUGUGUUUGAGUUUAUCACUGGUAGACUAAGUGCAGUUUAUAUACUUUGAAUGAAUAAAAAAAUCUUAUGUUUGUCAGUAUCUUUGGAUAUAAUCAGACAAAAAAGCGUCUGUUAUACUGUUGUUUAAUAUGAGGUAUAAUCACUGCUGCCCACUGUGCCUGCAAACAUCAAAUGAUGUACAAAAAUGUAAUGUCUUGAGAAAGCUGCAACUGUAAAACUUCAGUCUAUAGUGCAUUAUUAGACCUUCACGUAUUAAGACUUUUUUCCAUCUCCUAUGAAUGAGGGUUUCUGGUACAAUGCGCAGUGCGAUAGUCUGUAUUUUACUUCAGUUGGAUCAAAAUGAUGUUUAUAGUAUUUCAUAUUUAAAUCUGGAUGUUAUUUUGAUGGACAACGUUUAGAUAAAUGUGAAUUUUGAAGUGCGAUGCUGAUUUUGUUUGCAAAGCUGUUUAGUCUUUUGUUUUUGAGUGAUCUGGUUUGUAAUCCUUCUAAACCGCAGCUUGAAGACUUCAGCAGGUUAAUGUAAAUGUUAAAUGGCUUUCUAGUAUUCCAGUUGGCCAUUGAGAUUUCUUUCCCUCCUGAAAUACUGAGAAUUUUCUGAAAAAAUAAAAUGUUUAAAGAAAUAAGAAAUUCAGUAUUUUUUUUUAUUUUUGAGUAGUUUUAUUAAAUGUAAUAAACACUACCUUACAUCUGUCAGUCUAAUACCUCCAUCUAGUGGCUGUAUGUCUUACAUGUUAAUUACAGAGUGUUUUUAUAGUAUAAUAAACUGACGGUUUAUUCUGUUACUUAUAAAUUUGAACAUCAACAGAGGAAAUUUAAUUUUAUAUUUUAUGUCCAGCCAGGGUUGGAGUCCUUUUUAUGGGCACUGUGCAUGCACUGUGGUCAGACCGUCAGCUGGAGGAAGCAUUCGAGCCGUUGUCAGAGGAUUGGUUAUUGUGCUAGAUGUCCGAUUUACUUGUUGACAGAUCUUCUGCUGAGUGCAUCUUCUUGAGACAUGUUCUGAAAUGGAAUACUAAAUCACACUGCAGGAAAGAUUCUCCAACAAUGCAAUACAUUUAUUUGAAAAUUGCUUUCCCGUGCUUAUGAGAGUUAUUUUUUAUUUAUUGGUUUAUUUGGUUAGGGCCAGUGCACAUUAAUAAAACAUUCCUGUAAAUGUGCCAGAGUUAGCCAAGAGGCUAUUUUUCAUCUGUAGUCUCAUGGCAGAUGUUACACAUGUUAGUCAAUACAACUGCAUCAAAAGACACAAAAUACAAUACAGCAAAUAAAUAUUCAUACCCUCAGUUGACUUCUUAGCGGCUGGCUUUGCUCUGUGCGAAAUAUUCUUCGUUAGUCAUAAUAACUCUUUGGCUAGGACAGUAUGUACCAUAUCUUCUGUGGCUUUUGUAUGUUUUUCCUGGAACUACUCACAUUCUCCUCCACAGCUUUAUUUACCUGUGGAAAACAAGACAUUAAGUCAUGAAAAUGAUCACAGCAAAAGAUUGUCUCCCCAUGCUGCCAAAGGGAUGCAGUAGACCUACUUCAUGCUCGGAGGUAGAGUCUCCUUCAGGUAGUUCAUGUACCUUGCAUGAGCUGUAAUGUGGUUGCUUGGUCUAACUGACCAUUGACAAAGGGCAGAAGGUCACACAAGCAUCAACAAGAUGUUCUGAUUUGUAGCCUGUGGAAUGUAUGAGGAUUUGUGAAUAUAUACUGCAAACAUGACUCAACACUUUUGAGUCAAAAGUUAUUGUUGAUACAGUUUCACCAGUAAAAUUAUUAUCCCCAAAUUAGCAGAAUUACAUGCACACAAACAAAAUUCCCUAUGACUGCAGAAAACACAAGCAUUUUAGCAGUUAACCACUUUUAGUUGUUUUGAUAACA